AUGGUGAUUUCUGCAAAACCAAUUACGAUUCUACUCCUGCUACUAACAAUCACACAUAUCUUCCUCUCUACGCCUUAUUCCUCUUCCGCCGCAGCCGCCAAUAUAGUCUCCGACCUGCACUCCCUACAAUCACAGUUCCCUUCCGGCAUCAUUCACCUCAACGAAACUAUUCUCUACAGAAUUUUCAAUUCCGGCGCCAGAUCUUUCUACGUGAUCAUCUUCUUCGAUGCUAUCCAACUCCACGAUAAACCAGAACCAAAUCUCAAAACAAUCAAAUCCGAAUACGCCCUAAUCGCCAAAUCCUUCUCCAUCAACAACCAAAACUCCUCAAAUCUUUCCAAAAUCUUCUUCUGCGAUAUCGAAUUCAGUGAAUCUGAAAAGGACUUCCUCCGAUUCGGUAUACACGCAUUACCUAACAUCCGAAUCGUCCCCCCUGAUGCUGACGAUUUAAAAUCCGAUUCAAUCCCUUUGGACGUCUCAGAGUCCUCCAAUUUAGCCGAAUCCAUGGCGGGUUUUAUCGAAUCCAAAACUGGAUUAUCAAUCGGCCGAAUCCACAGGCCCCCAAUUAUUUCCAAAUCACAAUUAGGGUUUCUAAUUGCGGGGUUACUGAUAUCGAUGCCAUUCCUGACGAAGAAAAUAUUAGCAGGUGAGACUCCUUUUCAUCACAAGAGGAUUUGGAUGUUUGGUAUUAUGUUUGUCUACUUCUUCAGCGUUUCGGGUACUAUGUUCAUCUUGAUUCGCAAAGUACCUUUGUUUGUUAUGGAUAGAAAGGAUCCGAAUAGGUUGAUUUUCUUCUAUAAGGGUGUUGGGAUGCAGUUUGGUGUUGAAGGUUUGUAUGUAGGAUUUUUGUUCAUGACUGUAGGGUUGUUGUUACCUUUCAUAACUCGAGUUAUUGUUAGGAUAAAGGAUUCAAUGAUACAAAGAGCAACCAUGGUUAGUGCGAUGAUUGUUUCGUUUUGGGCAGUAAAAGAAGUUGUGGGGUUGAAUCAUUGGAAGACGGGUUAUCAUGCUCAUGCUUAUUUGCCUUCAAAUUGGUAUAAUUAA